AUGGACAGAAGCAGCCAGACGACAAUGGAGAACAACACAGGCAAUGGACAGAAUGAGACAGAACUUCUGCCAAAUCUGGAGGUGGUCACUACUGAAUACCAAGUGGUCACUAUCUUUUUGGUUCUCCUUAUUUGUGGGCUAGGCAUUGUGGGCAACAUCAUGGUGGUAUUGGUGGUACUUAGGACAAAGCACAUGAGGACCCCUACUAAUUGUUAUCUGGUCAGCCUUGCAGUAGCUGAUCUCAUGGUUCUUGUGGCUGCUGGACUACCCAACAUUACUGAAAGCAUUUAUGGUUUCUGGGUUUAUGGCUACAUUGGAUGCCUCUGCAUUACUUACCUCCAAUAUCUUGGCAUCAAUGCUUCUUCUUGCUCUAUUACUGCCUUCACUAUUGAGAGGUACAUUGCCAUUUGCCAUCCCAUCAAAGCUCAGUUUCUAUGCACUUUCUCCAGAGCCAAAAAAAUAAUCAUUUUUGUCUGGGCGUUCACCUCUAUCUAUUGCAUGCUCUGGUUUUUCUUACUGGAUCUUAACAGGGAAGUCUACAAAGAAGCCACAGUAGUGUCGUGUGGGUAUAAAGUGUCUCGGAGUUACUACUCUCCAAUCUAUAUGAUGGACUUUGGGAUAUUCUAUGUCAUGCCAAUGGUCUUAGCAACUAUCCUCUAUGGGUUGAUUGCUAGGAUUUUGUUUCUGAACCCCAUUUCGUCUGACUCUAAAGAAAACUCAGCAACAUGGAAGAAUGAUUUGGUUCUCUCAAGCAAAACCAAAGCAACCAAUAAGAGCAUGAACAGUGCCAUGGCUUCAAGAAGACAGGUUACAAAGAUGCUGGCCGUGGUUGUAAUCCUAUUUGCCUUCUUGUGGAUGCCCUACAGGACCUUGGUGGUCAUUAACUCCUUCCUAUCUCAACCUUUUCAAGAACAUUGGUUCCUGCUGUUCUGUAGGAUUUGCAUUUACCUUAAUAGUGCCAUCAACCCUGUUAUUUAUAACCUCAUGUCCCAAAAAUUCCGAGCAGCCUUCAAAAAACUUUGCAAGUGCCAACAGAAACAGCUGGAGAAACCUACCAACUACAGUGUAGCCCUCAACUACAGCAUCAUUAAGGAAACUGAACAUUUCAACACUGAACUAGAGGACAUCACGGUUACAGAGGCUUACCUGUCAUCCACAAAGGUAUCCUUUGAUGAUAACUGUGUGACCUCUGAGAGCAACCUUCGCCAACCUGUUAUCAUCUGGAUGUAUUGA